UAUCAUCAUACAAACAUCGAUUUUUGUUCCAGCUCUAGACAUUUGUGUUUUAUUUUUUUUAAACGUGAAAUUCAUCAGUAAAAGCGACCAUCAUUGGCCUAAACUGCUGCCGAAACACUCAGCCAGCGCCAAAGAACGAAUACAAUGGGCGAACAACCGAUUUUCACCUGCCAGGCGCACGUCUUCCACAUCGACCCGAAGACGAAGCGCACCUGGAUCACUGCCAGCAUGAAGGCGGUCAACGUGAGUUUCUUCUAUGACAGCUCGCGAAAUCUGUAUCGCAUCAUCAGUGUCGAGGGCACCAAGGCGGUGAUAAAUUCAACGAUCACGCCCAACAUGACCUUCACCCAGACCUCCCAGAAGUUUGGCCAGUGGAGCGAUGUGCGGGCAAACACGGUGUACGGUUUGGGAUUCGCCUCAGAGGCUGAAUUGACCAAGUUCGUAGAGAAAUUCCAGGAGGUUAAGGAGGCCACUAAGAAUGCCAUGAAAUCGGCCAACGGAUCGAAUGCCGUCACGCCCACCACCUCGGCCAACACGUCGCCCAUUUCCGGGAGAGCUGUGGGCUCUAUGCAGAACGACAACACAGCCAUCGACCCGCACACUGUGGAGCCGCCCAACAUGAGCAACACGAAUACCCAGAACGCCAAUCCGGACAGUCCUUCCCACAAGCUUCUCAAUACCAGCGAUGUCAAGGCGGACAUCGGAUCGGCCACGCCCUCGCCGCAGCCCACUUCGGGCGUAACUGGUGGCGGUGGAGUGACCAUCUCGUCUGGCGGGAGCAUUGUGGGCAUGCACACGGGUCCUGGAGCAGGCGCCACCGCCGAGCAGCAGCUUAAGUAUGAGAACGAGCGUCUGAAAAUGGCCCUGGCACAAAGCUGCGCCAAUGCCAAGAAAUGGGAAAUCGAGCUGGCUACCUUGAAGAACAACAAUAUACGGCUGACUAGUGCUCUUCAGGAAUCAACUGCCAAUGUAGACGAAUGGAAGCGCCAGCUGCACACCUACAAGGAGGAGAAUAUUCGCCUCAAACGAGAUAUGGAACAGCUUUGCGUGGGCGGUGGUGGUGUGGCUGCAGCCGGAGGAGGCGCCACAGAGGACGAAUUGCGUCGCGAGGUGGCCACGCUCAAGGCGCGGACAGAACAACUGCAGAAGGAACUUAUGCAACAGGAAAUAGAGCUUAAGUCAGCCAAUAUUAGCCUACGCGAAAAGUCCAAUGACCAAACGCUGGCAAAAUUGAGUGAAUUAAAUGGUGUGUUUGCUAAGCAUCUUUCGGAGAUGUAUGGGGUGCAGAAGGAUAUGGAGAGUAUUAUACAACUUGCCAAGUGCACUUGAGACACAGAGUUGACGUUUAUGCGAAAGGUUUCAGUGCAGGAACAGACUACAAUGAUUAAUACUACAACGACAUCAUCAACAACAACAGGAAGCACGACAAGUAAACGUUAUUUAAGCAACUUUCAAACCGCAGAGGCCGAGAGUACGCUCUCCAACGUCACCUCGAUACACACUCAGCUGCAGUCGUCGCUCUACGAGACCCAAAACACACCACAGCUAAAGGCCUUGGACAAGCAUUCGGCUAUGCUCCAAGAGCUCCAUCAGCGGCAGGCGGCCCCCAGGCGCAACUCUGCCUCUGCGGAAGCCGUUGCAACCGCCUCUGGUGGAGCCAAAACAGCCACCAUACUCGUUUCCAAAUCAAAAACCAAAACUGGGCUGCCCCUGUUGCUGAAGAAUUCCAUUAACAAUUAGUGAAAUCCAAAAACAAAAAAAUAACGCAGUUAGAGAGAAUUUA